AUGAGCUUUCGUGGAAGACACCUCUAUACGAAUGGACCUGAAGUUCAAGGCGCAUUUGGCGUUGACAGCCUGCCUCUUACUACCGUCGCCCAUAUAAUAUCCUACCUCGAGGACGAUGCGACUUCACUGGCGCGCCUUUGCCGCACAUCGCGCGUGCUCUAUUACAUGACGCUCCCGCAGUUGUGGAAACAUGUGGUGUUGAGAUCGCACUGUGCCGUCCACUAUCGCGACGAUGUCCCAGAAGGUCUCGGAAGUGCCAGCCCUUUCUCCAUGGGGCUCAAUGCUCUCGUCACCCGGAAUGUCGCAGCCCUGGUCUCCUCGCUGGUGCUGGAAGGGGACUACAAGAGCUUGGAUCUCGAAGAGUACUCGAGGGCUGGUCGGGUUUCGGAGAGCACCAUGAUACUCAACAUAGCCAUUCGCGCCGCCAUAAAUCAAUGCAUCCAACUGGAGAAGUUCAGGUGGGAUCUGAACGUGCGCAUCCAAGCCAAUGUGUACGCCGGCCUGGGGAAGCUCUCGAGACUGGAGUCGCUAUGGAUACGUUUUCAGACCAACAGGCUACCACAACCUCAUACAGAGAUCCCAGCGCUCCCGAACCUACGAUCGUUCACUUUCACCCACUACGACCCAAUGUGCUACCCGGACGAUGUGUCGACGCUGUUUCUGAAUUCCGAGAAGCUCGAGGUCCUCAACAUGCAUUUCUCUCCUCGGAUGAGAGAACAAGGCGAAGCGUCAGUGGUGCUAGCCAGGUUUUUUCGGAAGAAUAUGAAUCAUAACAAGAAAAUUCGGCUGAAGCACGUCGGAGUCUACAAUCUACUAGCGACCUCCGAGUCGGCCGAGUGCAUGGCAGCUAUGGACGCCAGGACUAUCGAGAGUUUUACGGCGCUCAAUACUUUUGGCGUGGACGAAGACGAACUGCAUCGAAGUAAUACUCUCUUUAUCGAUCGGACCUGGUUUCUUCCUAAUACGAAAGAGGCCCACAACACCAAAUGCCUCCGGAUGGAUCAGCUGCACAAGAUACACGCGCAAGAGAUAGCCACGUCCCCGGAUCUGGAGCGGCUGUAUUUGAUCAAUGCCCGAUACAGGCGUGACGGUGUCAACGGGGAAUCCUCACCGAGCUCUGUGGAUGCGUCACCGCGCACGGUCAACGGAGACACUAACCGUUCGUCUCGCAGUACGCCAACCUAUGCAACAGCACCCAUGAUGAGCCUUCGCGACGCUUACCUGGACAGCAUCUGCAAUGGCUGCGGCCCGAAGUUGAAGCAUCUGAUCUUUCCCGCGCGUUGGCCAUUGCAUAGUGCAUUGACCGCUAAAUUGAUCCGGUCGUGUCCGAAUCUGACUCAGUUUAGCGCCGCCAUACCUUGCUCGGAUAUGGAAGUGCUGCGUAUGGUCAUUCCAUUCUUGACAAAGUUGUGGGCGAUAAGAGUCGUGGCACCGAGGACCCAUGGCGAAGAAGGUGAAAAGGCACUUGGGAUUUUCAAUGCUUGCAUUAACCAGCCGGACUCUGUGCUUGAGGAGGACAUCGCUAAGAGUCUGAGGCAACGAGGCCCGGCCGGAGGUGUGCCUGACUUUCCGUCUUUGCGGUAUAUCGGCAUGGGGCACAAAGUAUGGGAAGUUGGGUCGGUGUACGAGGAGAAGGUCAAGGUGAGGAGUCCCGCGCAGAUGAACACUCCAGAGGAGAGUAGUGACUCCUCAUAUUAUGAAGAGACUAUAUAUCACCGGAAGUUGAAGAGGAUCACUGAACGAGACGUCUCUGAUGUGGAGAUCUGGAAGAUGGAUACGAUGGAUAUCGCCUGA